UGAAGACGUCAAGAAAAAAAAGGAAUGAUGGACGUGAAGAUGCACUUGUGCUCACUGCUGCGUAUGAUGAUGCCUUGCGUUGGCAUUGCGUUGAUCUGCAUGGGCGCCUACCUGUUGUCCAUGGAGGCCUAUGUGGACUCAUGGGCACUCAUCCUAGCCUACGUCCUGAUGACGUUUGGCCUCCUGGUCAUGUUUGUAGGCGUCAUCUGGAGCUUCUGCCACCGCAUGAAGCGCAAGGUGCAUCAGAGGAGAAGACUACAACACAACAUACAAGUAUACACCAUUGAGAGUAACAUGAGAAGACCCAGCUCCUUCCCUCCAUCCUACGAGGAGUCCCAGAGAAGCCACCAGAGUCCAAACCCAGUGCAAGAACUGGUCCUGGAUGACAUGCAGGUGGUCCUUAGCUUGGCACCCCCACUCUACAGCCAGGACAGAACUCCGAGUCCAGACUGCACAUGGAGCUGGGAGCAGCCGCCUCCAUACAGCUUGCAUAUUGAGGAGAGGAGUGAGGCUUCUUCUGGAAUGUGCGGAUGAGAGCAGGAUAUUCUAAAUGUAGGAAGACUUCACAUACAUGCACCUGAAGCGGGUCAAGGCCAGGCAUCUCCACACUAGUGCCGGGUGGUGGAUCAUCCAUGGAGAUAGAUGGUUACAGGCUCUAUCUAAGGACAACAUCAUACUUUUCACAAUGAAUGUUUUAUUUGUGUGCUAACUGACUUCUGUGUUUGUUUUCAUAUUGUUAAUAUAAGACAUUAAAUACAUUUAUGCAUGUUUUUUUCUGGUAAAGUCCGGAGUGUGCCAAGACAUGUUGACUAAUAAACAUCAU